GACUCUCCCUGCUGUGGGAGGCCGAGCCACACAGGUAACUCAGGGGGAAAAAAACUCCAGGGCUCGUCAUGGAGCUCGCGUGAAAGAAACACGGAUUUCCUCCCUUCCUUACCAGUUAAACCAGUAUCUCUGGAUAGAGCACACUCAAGUACCGCAACAGUUUUUACCCUUGUGGUCCCUGAUGGCUUCGCACAGUGAUACUCUGGUGGUGUUCUUUGGGGCAACAGCUGGUGCAAAUGGGGGUAAACUGGGUUCGGAUGAGAGGGAAAUAAUUCUCUUGGUGUGGCAAAUUGUGGAUCUACAUGAGAAAAAGGUGGGAAAACUUCACCGAUGUCUAGUCAAGCCAGACACUUUGGAGCUGACAGAGCAGUGUAAAGAGGAGACAGGCCUGACUGUGGACGAGCUGCUGAAGGCUGAAGCCCUGGAUAAAGUUCUGCAACAGUUUGAACAGUCAGUGUCAGCAGAGGUCAAGUGUCUGGGUAGAAACUCCUGCACACUCUGUGUCAUCAGUCCUCUGGUCAUCAGACAGGCCAUCCACCCUGAAGCCUCCAAAAAGAAUCUUGUCCUUCCUGAAUGUUUCUUUUCAUUUGUGGAUUUGAGAAAAGAAUUUGAAAAAUGCUGCCCCACUGCUGGCCCGGUGCAGAAUCACACCAUCUCCUCCAUGACAGAAUAUGUUGGUCUGUCUGCUGUGACAGAGCAGCUGAUGGGGGUGAGGGAGGUGAGGACCAUGGUGCAGCUGGUGCUCUCCCUCCUGGCUGAGCCCUACAAUCACAAAUUCACCUGUGUUGAAACUGUGAAAUACAAGUUUGAUUCCGGCACAUGCAGUAAGACUGAGCCGGUGGACAGUGAGACGGUGAUCAGAGCGCGAGGACUCCCGUGGCAGUCGUCGGACCAGGACAUCGCUCGCUUCUUUAAAGGCCUCAACAUCGCCAAAGGUGGCGUCGCCCUGUGUCUCAACGCUCAGGGCAGGAGAAACGGCGAAGCCCUGGUUCGCUUCGUCAACGUGGAACACAGAGACCUGGCACUGGAGCGUCACAAACACCACAUGGGCAAUCGCUACAUCGAGGUCUACAAGGCCACCGGAGAGGAAUUCCUCAAGAUUGCCGGAGGUACUUCUAACGAGGUGGCCCAGUUCCUGUCCAAGGAGAACCAGGUGAUCAUCCGUAUGCGAGGGCUGCCCUUCACGGCCACGGCACAGGAGGUGCUGGCGUUCCUCGGUCCCGAGAGCCCCGUCACAGAUGGCGCCGAGGGUCUCCUCUUCGUCAAGUACCCCGACGGACGGCCCACCGGUGAUGCCUUUGUGCUUUUCUCCUGUGAAGAAUACGCUCAGAAUUCUCUGAAGAAGCACAAACAGAUCCUGGGGAAGAGGUACAUCGAGCUGUUCCGCAGCACGGCCGCCGAGGUGCAGCAGGUCCUGAACAGGUACAUGUCCACACCUCUGAUCUCCACGCUGCCUUCUUCUCCCAUCAUGCCCGUCCCGGUCCUGGCCCCUCCUUUCCUUCCCACGGCCAGCAGCACUCGUGACUGCAUCCGCCUGCGAGGUCUGCCGUACACCGCCGGCAUCGAGGACAUCCUGGAGUUCAUGGGAGAGCACACGGUGGACAUCAAACCUCACGGAGUCCAUAUGGUCCUCAACCAGCAGGGUCGACCCUCUGGUGACGCCUUUAUCCAAAUGAAGUCGUCAGACAAAGCCUUCAUGGUGGCCCAGAAGUGCCACAAGAAGACGAUGAAGGACCGGUACGUGGAGGUGUUUCAGUGCUCCACCGAGGAGAUGAGCAUCGUGCUCAUGGGAGGAACGCUGAAUCGCAGCGGCCUUUCUCCUCCUCCCUGCAAACUUCCCUGUCUGUCUCCCCCCACAGCCUACGCUGCCUUCCCCACUGCACCAGCCAUCCUCUCUGAGGCUGCCCUCUACCAGCCUCCCCUCUUAGCUGCUCCCAGACCCCCACAGACCACGGCACACAGCCCUCACACCAUGGCCUACUACCCCCAUCAGCCCCACCUCUACAUGAACAUGAACAUGAAUUACACGGCCUAUUACCCCAGUCCUCCGGUCUCCCCCUCCACGGUCAGUUACUUUGCUGCCCCACACGGAGCGGUGGCAGCAGCGGUGGCAGCCCAGCCUCACCCUGCAGCUGCUUCCUCCGUGCUGACCCAGCCCGGCGCUCUGGUCAGGAUGCAGGGUCUGCCGUACAACGCCGGAGUCAAAGACAUCCUCAGCUUCUUCCAAGGAUACCAGCUCCUCCCGGACUCCGUUCUCAUCUUGUACAACUUCAGCGGCCAGUGCAGCGGAGAGGCAUUGGUCACGUUCCCGAGUGAAGAGAUGGCCAGACGGGCUGUGGCCGACUUCUCAAACCACCCUUUCUAUGGUCAGCAGGUCCACUUGGUCCUCUGUAACUGACCCGCAGUGACCCUGCACCACCUCCUCCACCCCCCUCCUCCCUUCAUCCUUCAAUUUAAUCUCUCGUUAAAAAAAAGCACUCACCUCUGAACAGACUCCAGCUGAAACUCACAGCUCAGUCAUCUCACAUUGAUGGUCCCGGUCCUGGUCCUGGUCCUGGUCCUGGUCCUGGUCCUGACACUCCCAGUACCUCAGCUGGAGUCUCGGGUCGUGUCAGUGACUCCGUGGUUGUGGAGGAGGAGGUGCUGUGGCGUCUGGACAAAUCGAAUAUAAAUAUAUAUUAAAAAAAACAAAAAAAAAAUCUAUCUAUAAACAGUUACAGUUAAAGCUGAUGACACUGGAAUGCUUGACGCUGUACAAAACCACUCUGCUUUACGGCACGAUCUCUGUAUAUUUACUGUUGUUCUUUUCACCACUAGAGUUCUGUUUGCGAUAACCUGUGUUGGCUUUACCCACGAGGACGUGCACGUCAGCGCGCGUGUCCCCACGUUGUUUUGAUGUUAUCCUGUGGUGCCAUUGAAGAGCCAAAAGAAGCCAUACGUAUAUAAAUAUAUGUAUAAAUAUAUAUAUAUAACGUGACUACUGAGGAGAUAGCAGUGCGUCCGAGACGACGUUAUUCUUUAACUGUAAUGUAUUUGUUUGAACUGCAGCGACGAUGGUUUUGUUUCACAGCACUACAGAAAAAAAAAGAAAAAAUGACGACGUUAAUCUUAGUCUUCUGGCAGAUGAAUUAGAUUUUUAUUAAAAAAAAAACAUUUCUUUAAAAAAAGUGGAUAUUUUGUUAUUUAAUCUUUAAAAAAAAGUCACGAUGUCUUUUGAAGCCAUUUAAAAACGAUCAGA